AUGGCAUCACCCACAAUACAGCUGAAAACCGUUGAUGGCGUAGUGUUUGAUAUGGAGCGCAGUAUAGCUCUAAAAAUGAAUCAAGUUCAAGAUGCCCUGAAGGAUUUACCUGAAGGUGCAUCUCUUUCUUCACCGCUUCCGUUCUACAAUUAUGUAUACGAGUUGCAGCUUUCGCAAAUAAAGGAUUAUUACCAAAAACAAACUGAAGAAGAAAAAGAUGAGUUUGUUGAAUCAAUGAGUGAUGGCGAGCUUAAGAAUCUACUGAAAGCCUUACACUUCCUUGACAUGAAGGAUUUUUACAAUUUCUUGACCAACGCCACUGCUAAACGCCUGGAGAAAAAGGGUGUGAGAGAAUUUCCUGCUGUCAUGUCAUAG